AUGUUAUUUACAAAGUUGAGGAGAAUAAAGCGAAUCAUGCCAAAUAUUUAUGGAUAUUUGCAAUCUCCACGGAAUACUAAUAUUGAUAGGACCCUACCUACUCUUUCCGAAAAAGCUGUUAUGACCGAGGCUUUUAUUCGAGUGAUUUACAAUAUUUCUCAAAAUUCACUACUCGCUGUGUGUUCGGAGACACUUUUUAAAAAAAAAUAUCUCUUGCAAAAUUUGGAUACAAUCGAAGUGGAUCAGCGAAAACAGUUGAUUAAAUUUGAUAUUUCUGCCUUCGAUGUUGCAAUCUUUAAAAAAAUAGGGCAACCGGGAAAAGAAGUUGAUUUGAGUCUAAAAAGAAGACUUAUUAUUGCAGUAUCUCUACUUAUCAAUCGCCUCACCCGCUCUACGGCACUCUCCAUAUCAUCAGAAGUUCAAAAUUGUGAUUUUGCUGAGACUGUACAACGUUAUUUUUGUUCUUGA